AUGGGCUUCCCCAUGCCCCUCGUGGGCCGAAGUCUCGCGAUCUUCGUGGUCUCCCUUGUGAUGAUGAUCAUAUCUCUCAUAACUGUCGCACUAAGGGCAUUCGUUCGAGUAUACCUUGUCCGAGGCUUCGGAUGGGAUGACGCCUUGAUGGUCGCAGCUCUGGCCUUGUUUAUAACCUUGGCAGUGUGUUGCAUGAUUGGUUCAACAGAUGGAAUCGGUCACUCUUAUGCCGAAUUCACUAGCCUUGAAGUUUACAAGACGGCGCUGCUGUGGUGGUGGCUCGGUCAAAUGCUGUAUAUUUGGGCCUCUGCCGUGGCCAAGAUAUCGAUCGCCCUCGCUCUGUUACGAUUGACCGUCAAGAGGGUUCACCGAAUUAUUCUCUGGGGCAUUAUCGGCACAGUCAUAGCAAUUGGUCUGAUGUUCUGGCUUGUGCUGCUCUUCGACUGUCAUCCCAUUUCAUACUUUUGGAACCGGGUGGAUCCUAGAAAUUCGGGAACUUGCCUCUCAGUCCAGACACUUCUUGACAUUGCGUAUCUUUACAGCGCUUUGACGAUCAUCUGCGACUUGACACUGGGAAUUUUGCCUAUUUUCCUGGUAUGGACGUUGCAGAUGAAUCGUAGGACAAAGAUUGCCGUUGGAGGAAUUCUCAGUCUAGGCGCAAUUGCGAGUGUUGCCGUGAUUAUCCGACUGCCCUUCCUACAUUAUUACGCGGAUACGGAUUUCCUUCGCAACACAUACCAAAUCGCCAUUUGGUCAGUGAUUGAAACAGGUCUCGGGAUCACCGCAGGCAGUUUGAUCACCCUUCGUCCACUCUUCCGCUGGCUCCUUGAUGGAAGUGUGACUUACGGACGGAAUGCAGCAAGCCCGGGAAAGUACCCACUCUCCAGCUUGAGGAGCGACCAACUAAAAGGCUCCAGCGACCCCAGCUAUUGGAGGCCUGAUUUGAAUGUCGAUGACAACAGAGCGAUCGUGAACACGGUAUCUUCGCCACGGUUGAAUUCCUACCGCUAUACCAGUAGCAGUCAAGAAGCUUUAUAUCCUGAGCUCACACCAGUCAUCUCAGAAAGUGGAGUGACCGUUCAGAAGACAUUUGAGCAAAUUGUCUCGGAGCGUGAAGGGUAG